GAAGAAUGAGAAUAGGAAAGAUGUCUGAAAAAGUGGAGGGCAGAAAAUGGAUAUUUAAUUUUGUCAUCUGUCUGUAGAGAUGCACACCUUGUAAUCACGGGGAGGCAGUAAUUCAGCAGCAGCAAUUUCAGCGUCGAAGAAGAAGAGGAGGAGGCGGAGUAGAAGAAGAACCGCUGUUUAAAAGAAAAAAAGGAAAAAAGGAAAAAAGUGGUGGCGCAACACAGUUUAGCUAGCACGGUUAGUUCAUGACAGCUGCUCCCAUCCGGAAUAACGCUUGUACUUAACCCCGUGUGUAGCCCUGUUUCUCCUAUGACAUCCUUCACAGUCGGCUCCGACCUCGCACUAUGUUUGAGGAUCCUGAACUUCAAGAUCCUUUAUCACUGAGUCUGAAUGAAAACUGCAGUGACCAGUCUUCCCCCAAAAAAGCACCCGCAAGCCCCGACUACACCUGUGAGAUUCCAGAGAUCCGAGUAAUCAUCAAAGAGGAAGAGGAUGGCUGGACUGUGAGUGAGAAUAAUGAGAGCCUCAGCUCAGAGAGAGAAAAAGAGGAUGCUUCUGUAGACGGCUGCCUUCCCCACCAGAAAGCGAGUGGCGUGGAGAGCUCUGCUUCAUAUGGCGUAAAGAAACCCCAGAGAGGAUGUGCAGCGGAGAAACGGUUUGAGAAGCCUUGCCCUGCCACAGAGAGCCUGCAGAGACACAAGCUCGCGAGCUCCGAUGAGAAACCGCAGAUUUCCUGCAAAUGUGGGAAGGCAUCAGGAAACGUGACUGUACAUCAGUGCAAUAACACAGGAGAGAAUCCCCUCUCCUGUCCAGGACGGGACAUGACCCCCGGUCACAAAAGGAACGUGAAAUCCCAUCAGGAGCGCUGGGACCGAGACCAGAGAGCAUCUUUACACACAGAAGAAGAGCUACAGCAGACCGAAACGUCAGCACCUUGCCAAACUAAUUCUCCUAAACGUGAGCACCCGAAGUCACGCGGGCUCAAGAUGGCAUCUGAAAACUUAAACGACCAAACGCUACAUUUGACUGUAAGACUGCAUGCAGGGGAGGAGGAGGAGGAGGUGGGCGAGGAAGAAGAAGAGGAACAAGAUGAAGAGAUUGGAGGAUUAAUCAACUCUGAUGGAGAAGUGGUUGAAUGGGAUUCUGCAGGCAGCUCUGACCGAGGCUCUGAUUGCUCAGCAGGUCCUCCGCCUAGCAAGGAGUCUCAGCUGCGAGGCCAAAGCCAGAGAGACAGCAGCAGCCCGACGCUCAUCAUGGAGGUUGUUUCUGUGGGGGAAGAUGAAGAAAGGGAGGACGCAGAGGAAAAAACAAUAGGGGCAAAGAUGAAUGCUGCCUCCCCCUCAUACUGUGCAGAAAAAAGACCAAGAAGAACUAAAAAGGUUCCAGUAGUGUAUGUGGAGAACUCAGACACAGAGCUAGAUGUUCCUGCAAAUGCUGCAAAACGAAGAGGCAGAAGAAAGAUUUCUCGAAGUCCACUGUUGCCAGCUGAAGACUCAGAGGCAGAUGCAGGAGUAUCACAGCGUACCCGAAGAAAGAGAAAUUUGCAUGCAGCAGCAGAACCGGAAGAAUUAAACUCAAAAAAUGCCCGCCGUGCUGCUGCAAAGCGACCGUAUAGACAAAGGAAAGAUACCAAAACAUCUGGUGAAGCAGAAGGAGAGAACAUGGCUGUUUCACCAGACAAGAAGCGCCCUGGCAGAAAGAUGAUCUGUGUACCAAUUGAAAUACCUCCUGAGCUCCUGAAGAAACCCAAAGAAAAAAUGGAGUACCACUGCUCAGUGUGUGGCAAAGAAUUCCCACAUGCCUACAAACUAGAGCGGCAUGAGCUGAUCCACACAGGAGAGAAACCGUACUGCUGCUCCAUCUGUGGCCGUGGUUUUAACCAGAAGGGAAAUCUCAAAACGCACUACAAAGUCCACUUAGGUCGUAAGGGUGCUGUGGAUUUUGAUGAUGAGGUGAAUCCCAUAGCGUCAGAACUCUCUGAAUAUUUAAAAUCCCUGCCUGGCGAGUCCAGGAUUCGAUCAUCCCUCCGUUGCCUGGAAUGUGGAAAAGACUGUGACAGUCAUUCAGCUUUGCAAGCACACCACAUCACUUCACACACUCAGACAGCCUCUGAAUCAGGCCCCAUCAAGCCCGGCGCACCACCUCUUCUCUUCUGCCGCCGCUGUGGCAUUCAGUUUAGUGAAAAAGAAAAGCUGGAAGAACACAUGAAGACCCACAUCAAGGAGAAGCCCUACUCCUGUCCCGACUGUGGCAAGAGGUUCAUUAACGAGAGUUACAUUCAAAUCCAUCAGCGCAUCCAUACUGGGGAGAAACCGUUCCUCUGCUCUCAGUGCGGCAAAGGAUUCCAUACUGCCUCCUCCCUCAAGCUGCAUGAAAUGCAGCACUCCGGGGAGAGACCGUUUGCAUGUUCCAUUUGUGGGAAGACAUUUCGGAUUAACUCUUACCUAACAGCGCAUUACCAGACCCACAUUAAAGACAGGCCAUUCAUUUGUAGCAUUUGUGGAAAAGGCUACUCCAGAGCAGAGGAAUUGAAGGUGCACCACAGACUUCAUACCGGAGAGAGACCCUACAAGUGCGGGGAUUGUGGGAAGAGUUUCAUUUAUCGUCAGGGCCUUCGGCAGCAUCAACGCACACAUGCUGGAAGACGCAUCGGGCCAACCAGACAGCUUGGUAGACCAAAACAGCAGGCCAGGCUUGACAUCCGUCAGGAAAAGUUUGCAAACACAAUGGCUGAGGAGCAAGCUCAGACAUCAAACGAAGAGCCCGUUCCUCUGUUCCUCAUAACAUCAAACACGGCACAGCAGAAUAAGAGAAAAAAGCUCGCAGACAAAGAGCGCGUUGAGGAGGGAGUGUCAGAUGAAGCCAGGAUAAACAUCGGAGCCGCUUUUCAGAGGUGGAGGGAGAUACGGGAACUGAAAGGGUUCAAAACUGAUGCAGAGUUCGCGACAUUUCUGCUGGACAGAGAUGCUGACUUUGAAAAGGAAGAGCUGAGUUUCAGUGAAGCAGAAAAACCUUCUGCUCAGGUUUCAAUGUCAAGUGUUGACCGUGCAGAGGACUGGGUGUGUUCUCCGGGCGAGGACAAAGGAGAUGUUUCAACAUCAGAGGAUGAGGAUGGCGUCAGUGACAAUAAGGAUGAGGACUACAUCCCUCCAGUAUACAUUCACAGUGGCAGUGCCAGUAAAACUAACAUGCACUCGGAUGCUCCAGAGUCUAUCAGCAAAGGGGACGCUUCACAUGAAACUGCAGAGCCAAUGGAGCAGCUGCCAGGGGGCAUGGAAAAAACGAAAGUCCAGAGUGAGGACAAAACUGGAAACAGGCCUCAUCAUCAGCUUGGAAACCAGGAAAGGAAUGCUGCCAACAAACACCUCCAAUGGAAAACAGAGGAAGGCCACGGAGCUGAAACACGGGAGAAGGAUCAUGAAGCAGCACCUACAGGUAUUUAUUUUUGUUCAGGAGAAUUUUUAGGUGCGAGUUCAGAAUCCACCAGUGAGCACACCGGCCUCGCUUACAAGACCGAAGAGAUAAAACCGCCGCAGGCGCUUCGCAGACCGAAGAAGAUCUACAAGUGUCAGACCUGUAGUAGAGUGUUCCCUCGGUACAAUGCACUGCAGCGCCACCUUGUGAUUCACUCGGGAAAAAGACCUUUCAAAUGCUUCAUAUGUGGGAGAGGAUUCACCCAGAGUGGAAACCUCAAAACACACAUGAAAGUUCACAGAGGUGAGCUUCCAAAGUGGACCUUAGUUCAAAAGAAGAGCGAGCCUAAAGAAUCGCCUGCUACAGUUCACGUGUGUGGGGAGUGUGGAAUGGACUUCCCUGAGAAACAUCAGCUAGAGGAACACCGUGAGACUCACAAGAAACCCUACGCAUGUCCCGACUGCGGCAAGAGAUUCAAACAGGAAAAUGGCGUUAAAAUCCACAUGCGGCUCCACUCGGGAGAUUCCCUUUUCUUCUGUUCCGCCUGUGGGAAACACUGCACUACGGCUAAAAUGCUUAAAAUACAUAUGCUCACUCACACCGGAGAAAAGAAUUACCAUUGCGAUCAGUGUGGGAGGGCGUUUUCACGCUCUUCCUAUCUAAAGUUGCACCUCAGAACUCACACCGGAGAGCGACCUCACCUGUGCUCGAUCUGUGGGAAACGUUACUCCAGAGCAGAUACUCUUAAAGCCCACCUGAGAGUUCACACUGGAGAGAACCCGUACACGUGUAAGAUGUGCGGGAAGUGUUUCUAUUAUUAUCAGGGUUAUCAAGCACAUGUGAAGACUCAUAACAAGAAGCCCAAAAAAGCUACAAGACCUCUGGGGAGACCAAAACAACAGCUGAUAGUGGUAAAUAAUCAACUCCAAAUCUUCGGGAAAAGUUUACAAACAAUGGCUGAGGAGCAACCUCCAGCAUGCGACGAAACGCCCGUCCCCCUUCUCCUAAUGCCAGCGAACACAACAGAGCCAGUUAAAGAGAAGGUUCCCGACAAGCAGCGAGCUGAAACGAAAGCGUUAGCCCGAGACAAAAACAGACUAAACAUUGGAGCUGUUUUUCACAGGUGGAAGCACGUACGGGAACAGAGAGGAUUCAAAACAGAUGCAGAGUUCGCCACAUUUCUGCUGGACAGGACAGAGGAAAUUACUUGUUUUCCACGUGAGUACAAAGGACAUGGUUCGACAUCAGAAGAGGAAACGGCAAAAGGGGAUGGUUGCUAUGAUGACAGCGAUGAUCAGGAUUACGUUCCCCCUGUACAUGUUCGCGCUGGCUGCCUGAGUGCUCCCAAGUCGGUCACCAAACAGGUCCCCGUGCAUGAUGCUGUAGAUGCAGAACAAACAGAACAGCCACCAGGAGCAGAAACAAUCCACGUUCAGAGUGAGGACAGCAACACUGGAAACAAGCCUUACCAUCUGCUUGGAAACCAACACAAGGAUCAGGAGCAAAAACCUGAAAACACCUGUUCAGCAGAUCAGUCUUCCCGGACACCAGGGGCUUCCUCCAGACCUCCAUCGUAUGAGCUGGAGCUCACGCCAUCUGUCUCACAUCACAACGUGCCAAAGAAAAUAAACCGGAAUGAGACGAACACUGAUGAAAAUCCCAGUGAAGACCACAGACCUGAAACACAGGAUCACAGCACGGCACCCACAGGAGAAACUCUCACUCUAGAACCUACCAGUGUACAGAGCAGCUCCCAGGAGCUUUGUAAACCAAAGAAGACGUACUACUGCCCGACCUGCGAAAGAGUGUUCCCCCGGCACAACGCCCUGAAACGACACCUCGUGAUUCACUCGGGAAAAAGACCUUUCAAAUGCUUCAUAUGUGGGAGAGGAUUCACCCAGGGUGGAAACCUCAAGACACACAUGAAAGUUCACAGAGGAGAGUUACCAAAGUGGACAUUAAUUGAAGAGAAGAGCGAGCCUAAAGCAUCUCCUGCUACAGUUCACAUGUGUGGGGAGUGUGGAAUGGACUUCCCUGAGAAACAUAAGCUAGAGGAACACCGCGAGAUUCACUGGAAGCCUUUUGCAUGUCCUGACUGUGGGAAGAGAUUCAAACAUAAUAAGAGUGUUAAAAUGCAUAUGCGCCUCCACUCAGGAGAUUUACCUUAUCUCUGUUCAGAGUGUGGGAAGACUUGUGUCACGAUGGAAAUGCUUAAAAAACACAAGUUAACUCAUACCGGAGAAAAGAACUACCACUGUGAUCAGUGUGGGAGGGCAUUUUUGCAAUCUUACAACCUCAAUUUGCACCUGAAGACUCACACCGGAGAGCGAUCUUUUCUGUGCUCGAUCUGUGGGAAACGUUACUCCAGAGCAGAUACCCUAAAAGUUCACCUGAGAGUUCACACCGGAGAGAACCCGUAUGCGUGUAAGAUAUGUGGGAAGUGUUUCUAUUACAAUCAGGGCUAUCAAGCGCAUGUGAAGAUUCAUGACAAGAAGCCAAAAACAUCCAUGAGAACUUUGGGGAGACCGAAACAGCAGCUGAUAGUGGUAAACAAACACCACCACAAAAUUGAUGACACAACAGAUAAACAUCGGCUACUGCCAACAGUAAAUCUCAUCAUCUGCCAAUCGCAGUCAGCAAGAACACUGGCCAAGGCCGAUAUGGGCUCUGAAAACCCAGAAGACUUUGGUUCAGUUGUGAUCCUUACUGAAGAUGAUCAGCAAGAGAUUGGAGGGCUGAUCAACUCUGAUGGUGAAGAAGUGGAUUUCUCAGAUCUGAGAGUGAGUGCCAUCCCUGCAGAUGCUCCCUCAAAGACAUUUGGUCCAAGUGAGAAUGAAAAACCGCCUUCUCUUCACACCUGCUCAGUAUGUGGGAAAGACUUUCCUUAUGCCUCUAAGCUUCAGCGUCACCUACGUACUCAUUCGGGAGAGAGGCCUUUCCCGUGCUCCAUGUGUGAGAAGAGAUUUCCAGAAAAGGGGCUUCUCAUGAUCCAUGAAAGGGUUCACACUGGGGAAAAGCCAUUCCCUUGCACUUUCUGUGAGAAAAGAUUUGCCAGUCAGGGGGAGCUCCGGCUACACCGGCGGACACACACUGGUGAGAGGCCUUACCACUGCUCCAUCUGUCUAAAGAGCUUUUCUCGUCACUGGCACUUGAAAACGCACUUGGAGGCAAUGCACUCUGAGGUUGUUGCAGGCUUUACGAGGAAGAAAUUUCCCUGUUCAGACUGUGAGAAAAGCUGUAACUCAGCUGCUGAAUUGAGGGAUCAUCAGAGGACUCACACUGGAGAAAGACCCUUCCAGUGCUCUUUCUGUGACAAACGCUUCGCCUUGUCAGGUACGCUUGUAAGACACGAGCGCCUCCAUACUGGCAUCACGCCUUACCACUGCUCUGACUGCGGAAAGACAUUUGCACAGCAGUGGACCCUGACCACACACAUGCGGACUCACACGGGAGAGAAACCUUACAGCUGCACGCAGUGCGAUAAGUCUUUUGUUGCUCCUGGAGAGCUUCGGAGGCACACCAGGAUUCACACUGGGGAAAAGCCAUACACCUGCGCAGACUGUGGGAGGCACUUCUCAUUGGCAGGAACUCUCAGAAACCAUAAACGGUCAUGCACACAGAGCAAGAAAGAGUCAGAUACAGAGGUUGUGUCAGACUUAGUUCGGGCUGCAGCUGAAGAAUCUUCCCAGCGAGAUCAGGCCAGCAGCAUCAGCUCUGAGGUGUCUGUCAGUCAGACUGUGCCUUGUGCAACUGAGCCCACUUCCUCAGAGGGUUUUAAAAAAGCAGCUCAGUGUGAAAAUACCCCAGAAGGACCCAUCGGCCAGCCGGACGACACUGCUCCCACCCCACAUAUGAAUGUAAUCGUGAAAGAGGAGGAAGAAGAGGAACCAUUGUGCGUGGAAGAAACUCCAGAGCAGGUGUCUGUUGGUGAGGACUGUACCAUACCAGAAGAAACUGAAAAGCAGCGUCAGGAAAGCACCACAGAAAUUAGUAUUACAGUAAAGGAGGAAGAACAGCAACCUCUCAAUAUGUCUGGAAAAGAUCCCGAGCGUGUUACAAACAGUGAAAAAGAAUGCCCUCCAUCACCGCCAGUGCGGGGAGAGUCAAAUAACAACAUACCAAAGAGCUCUUACUGCUGUGGCCUCUGUGGAAGAGACUGCCACAAGAUGUCUGCGCUUCAGAUCCACAUGCGAAUUCACUCUGGAGAGAAACCGUACCGCUGCACCUUGUGUGGGAAACAGUUCACCCAGAAAGGGCAACUCAAAGGUCACUAUAAAGUUCACACAGGAGAGAAACCGUUUUCCUGUCCGGACUGUGGGAAGAGCUUCGCCCACUCGGGGGCCAUGAACAGACAUCGGCUCACGCACACAGGAGAGAGGCCCUACCACUGCUCCGUGUGCGACAGGAGCUUCAACCAGUCCGGCCGCUUGAGGGAACACGAGAAAAUCCACUUAGGUGAGAAGUUUGACUGUCCUGAGUGUGAGAAGAGUUUCACACGAGCUUCAAGCCUAAAGAAUCACUUCAGGCUCCACACAGGAGAGAGGCCGUACGGCUGUGACAUCUGUGGGAGAGGCUUCAGCCGCUCACAAAGCCUGAGGCUCCACAGACGAAAACAUGAGCAGAUUCAGACCGAGGAGUCUGCGUUCAAUAUGAGGAAUGAUGACUUAUCACACAGCGAUGAUAACUCUCCAAUUAAUAUGUGCAUAACAGACAAGAAAGAUGGAUGAUGUAUUUAAAAGACAUGUACCUCUAGUAUUAUUAAGACUUCAGACAGUAAAACAGGAACAAGGUGAUGUGGAAA